AUGGGUGCUUUUGCCCGUGCAAUAAAGAAGAACAAAGUGGGAGCAGUGGUAUUAUCAGUCUUCUACUGGUACCGGCAACAAAACGUAACAAACGCAUAUGUUUCGGGAAUGCGAGAAGAUCUCAAUGCGUGGGGCAAUGAACUCAACUAUUAUGUUGUAGCAUACAACACAGCCUAUGUCAUUGGGCAAAUUCCUCUCAUGACCCUUCAAACUAAGGCCAAGAUUGCCCCUUUCCUGCUUCCAUCAUUACAAAUUAUCUGGGCGGUCAUUGCCUUCUGUCAGUCUGAAAUUCAGCACAGCUGGCACCUGUACAUCCUACGCGCGGUAACAGGUUUUCUGGAAGCCUCCUCCUUUGGCGGAACGCAUCUCAUCUUGGGCAGCUGGUUCAAAAACGAAGAGCUAUUCAAACGCGCUGGGGUCUGGUUUAUGGGGAACAGCUUGGGGUCGAUGUUUAGCGGUUACCUUCAGGCGGCGGCAUAUCGAAACCUCAAUGGCGUUUACGGCCGUGCUGGCUGGAGAUGGCUUUUCAUAGUCCAAGGAAUCAUUACACUCCCUAUCUCUUUCCUGGGAUUUGCGUUCUGGCCCGGUUUGCCCAUUUCGCCAAAACGAUGGUUUUUCACGGAUGAGGAGUAUGCACUUGCCAUCAAACGGAUGCCGACGGUUGAAAAAGAAGGCAUCACUUGGAAGACGUUUAAAUAUACCCUUUCUCGGCCGAUGUGGUGGAUUUGUGUACCAUGCUACAUCUUUCUGUGUCAGGCGCAUUACUGGACAGGCUAUAUGGCUCUAUGGCUGAGAGAUGCCGAGUAUUCCAUCGAGCUAGUAAAUAUUUUGCCAACUUUCAUCGACCUACUUCGGGCUCUGUCCUCCUGGCUGGGGACAACCCUGGCGGGGUGCCUUAGCCUUCGAGGACUCUGGACGUUUCAAGCGACUUUUGUUCUGUUUGCAUGCAUUGUUUUAUCCGUGUGGAAUGUGCCAGAUAUAUUGAAGUUCUGUGCCUUCUACUUCGGCGGCUUUUCGGGCAUGGCUUCGCCCAUCCUUUACUCGUGGCUCAAUUUUACGCUAAAGGAAAACUACGGAGAGCGAGGGCUCAUCAUCUCCUCGAUGAUGACUUUGGGAUUCUGUAAUCAAAUUUGGGUCCCUCUAUUCACCUUUCCAACCGUUGAAGCGCCGCGUUACCCACAUGGCUACCCGGCAGCUACUGUUUUCGAGGUCGCCAUGUGGGCUAUUCUGAUGUUUGGCACAUGGUAUAUGAAGAGAUGGAAGCAAAAGAAUCCGGAUCUUGAGAUGAGACUCGCAAACGAGGCAGUCGAUUCAAACGGCUCUACAGGAGUUGCGUCUGAUUCUGACCGAGCUGAAGUCGGCGGAGAUUCUUACGAGAAUAAGAGACAAGACGUGAUAGGGAGUCAACCUGUCUUUCCGAACAAAUAG